AUGGCUGUAAAUAACUGCUUCAGCUCCAGCCAGAGCAUCUACCUUUUAAGGCAAGAAGAAGGGGGCGAGCGUGGAUUGCUCAGAAUGGGCGUCUCCUCUGACAGGUCGCCUCCGUCUCAGGGCUCCACCCCUGUGGGGGAAUGUGGCAGUGGGGUUUCCCAGACCCAUGAAAUCCCAGUGCUGUCCCCUGCAGCCAGAUGCUGCCAGCAGUACAGCGUUUCCCUCUUUGUUCAACGGGGCUACCUUCCAGGGAUGCCCGUGGAGGGGACUCCUUCACCUCGGAAGACGAACCAACCUUUGACCCCGGGUAAGAACCCGACUGGGCUGUCAUCAGCACUGUGCAGCCCACGGCCCCGCCGCUCAGAACCGACGAGGGGUGCGGAGCCCAGCUGCCCCCGGGACUCCUGGGCCUUCUGGGUGAGCCUGGGGGAGCUCAAGUCCAUCCGCCGGUCCAAGCCAGGCCUCAGCUGGGCCUACCUGGUCCUGGUGACCCAGGCCGGAGGCUCCCUGCCCGCCCUGCACUUCCACCGCGGGGGCACGCGCGCCCUGCUCCGCGUCCUCAGCCGCUACCUGCUGUUGGCCAGCUCCCCGCAGGACUCCCGCCUCUACCUCGUCUUCCCGCACGACUCCUCCGCGCUCUCCAACUCCUUCCACCACCUCCAGCUCUUCGACCAGGACAGCUCCAACGUGGUGUCCCGCUUCCUCCAGGACCCCUACUCCACCACCUUCAACAGCUUCUCCCGCGUGACCAACUUCUUCCGGGGAGCCCUGCAGCCACACCCGGAGGGGGCCUCCCGCGACCUUCACCCGGUCCCCGACGACGAGCCCGAGCCUGGGUUCGAGGUCAUUUCCUGUGUGGAGCUGGGGCCUCGGCCGGCCGUGGAGCGGGCGCCUCCGGUCACAGAGGAGGAGUGGGCUCGCCACGUGGGCCCCGAGGGCCGCCUGCAGCAGGUCCCCGAGCUCAGAGCCCGGAUCUUCUCAGGAGGUCUGAGCCCCAGCCUGAGGCGAGAGGCCUGGAAGUUCCUCCUGGGCUACCUCAGCUGGGACGGCUCCGCCGAGGAGCACAAGGCGCACGUGCGCAAGAAGACGGACGAGUAUUUCCGGAUGAAGCUGCAGUGGAAGUCGGUGAGCCCCGAGCAGGAGCGGAGAAACUCGCUGCUGCACGGAUACCGCAGCCUCAUCGAGAGAGACGUGAGCCGCACGGACAGGACCAACAAGUUCUACGAGGGUCCCGAGAACCCGGGGCUGGGCCUGCUGAACGACAUCCUCCUCACCUACUGCAUGUACCACUUCGACCUCGGCUACGUCCAGGGCAUGAGCGACCUUCUCUCCCCGAUCCUCUACGUCGUUCAGAACGAGGUGGACGCCUUCUGGUGUUUCUGUGGCUUCAUGGAGCUUGUGCACGGGAACUUCGAGGAGAGUCAGGAGACCAUGAAGCGGCAGCUCGGGCAGCUCCUGCUGCUCCUCCGGGUGCUGGACCCGCCGCUCUGUGACUUCCUGGACUCCCAGGACUCUGGCUCUCUCUGCUUCUGCUUCCGGUGGCUGCUCAUCUGGUUCAAGAGGGAAUUCCCCUUCCCGGAUGUUCUUCGGCUGUGGGAGGUGCUGUGGACGGGGCUUCCGGGCCCCCAUCUGCACCUGCUGGUGGCCUGCGCCAUCCUGGACAUGGAGCGGGACACCCUCAUGCUCUCAGGCUUCGGCUCCAAUGAGAUCCUCAAGCACAUCAAUGAGCUGACCAUGAAGCUGAGCGUGGAGGACGUACUGACGAGGGCCGAGGCCCUCUACCGGCAGCUGACAGCCUGCACGGUGAGUCCCCCACCUUCCCAACAGCCCCACUCCCCGCCCCUCAAACUUCUGACUUGGCUUCCCCUCCCCACCCUCCAGGAGCUGCCCCACAACGUGCAAGAGGUCCUGGGCCUGGUCCCGCCCGCAGCGCCGCACAGCCCCUCGCCUCCCGCCUCCCCGCUGCCGCUGUCGCCCACCCGCACCCCGCCGGCCCCGCCGCUCCCCGCGGACGCAGCUGCACAGCCGGACAGCAGCCUGGAGAUCCUGCCUGAGGAGGAAGAGGAGGACGGCGUGGGCGCCUAA